AUGGCGUCGAUGGAUGUAGAAGGACCACAGUUAGGGUUUCCGCACUGGAAUCCUCUCCGUCGAAGGUUCGGCCCUGAAUCUCCUUUUUUCGCAUCUGGCAACAUCGAAAGAGAACUGCUUGCCAAACAGCUUGCAUUGGAUUUAACUGAAGAUGAAAGGCAUCAACUUCGGAAUAUGGUAGAUGAGGAAGGCAGGGGGGUUUUCUGUACCAUUGUUGGUUGUGGUGCUCGCUUGAGUUCCUUGGAGGAUUUUGAAGAUCACUAUAAUGCACGGCACACUGCAUCUUGUUCUGUGUGCUCUAGAGUCUACCCAACAUCACGGUUGCUCAGCAUACAUUUAUCUGAAGCUCAUGAUUCUUUCUUUCAGGCGAAAGUUGCACGCGGCUAUCCCAUGUAUGAAUGCCUUGUAGAAGGCUGUGAUUUGAAGUUCAAGAACUAUAAAAGUCGGCAACAGCAUCUGGUGGACAAGCAUAAAUUCCCCAUUUCAUUCGAGUUUUUCAAGAAGGCUCAACCUUCCAAAAAACAGAGGCAGAAGAACCAACGUAAACAAGCUAUUCCUAAGAAGGCAGAUGCAUCUUGUAUGGAAGUAGAAAACGAAACCAUUGAUAGCCUUGUUUCUGCUGUCUCCAAAUUAAGCACUUCAGACUCGAGCCCCUCAUCCAUCAGUUUUGGUCGUCGACCCACUCGCGGCUUGACAUUUGUCCCACGAGCUGUUCAACGUGAGAAAAAACCAGACUCCACAUAG